AUGCAUCCGAAGAAAUGUGUUGAUAUAGUAUGUUAUAUUUUUUUACAACAUAAUGAUCAUAAUGUUGCAUCAAGUUCAUUGGAAACACAUGAAAUUAUACUUAAAUAUUCAAAUUUAUUUGAUUUUGAUCAAUUAUUAAUUUCAACGCAAAUUGGAUCUAUAGAAGAAAAUCGUGAUAUUACACAUCUUUUAUCUUUAUGUGAACACGGUGAUCUACAUUUCCGUGGUGCAUGUGCAAAUUUACUUGUUACAUUAAUUCAAACAACAAAUCAUCUUUUAACACUAUCAUCAUUAUCAAAUUCAUUUAAUAAUUCUUUUAUUAAUCAAUGUUCACUUGUAUCAACUGAUUCACAAGAUAGUUCAAGUCUAGCUCAAUUGAUAGAUGAUAUUGAUUUUCGAAUAUUAACUUAUCUUGAACAACAACAACAAUUAAAACAACAGUACCCUGAUAUACGUGUUCGUCAAGCAACUGCUUCGACUUUUACUAAGAAUUCAUUUGUUUUUCUUUUUAAAGAGAAUGAUAAAGAUUCAUCAACAACAUCAAGCGCAGACAAAGAUAAAAAACAUUUUAUUUAUUGUAUUGCUGAAUUUCUGGUUAUGUUAUCACAUGAUACACUUCAUUCAAAACAAGUUAUUAGAAUACAAGAUUUAAUAAAACAUUAUGAUUCAUUAUUAGCAAGUGGACAUGAACCUGAAACACAUACUUUGGCAGCAUUAGAACCAGUUUUAUAUGAUUUUUUUUCUUGUUCGAGUUAUGCGAAUAAUUAA